GGAGCAUCACUCGAGAUGUGGUCUCGCGACGUAUUAAGGGCUAUAGGGCUGGUGGUAGCGGUGGCGACUGUCGCCCUAGCGGCGUCCAGCGCCGACCCUUACCAUCAGGAGGUGCGGUCCUCCCAACCCUCUACCGGUAAACAGGCCCAGCCGAGCGACGCCGAAAAGACUAUCCAGUACUGGAUGAACCAGGCGCAGGAUGCUUUGGCGGCUCGCAUCAGGAAGGGUAAUGCUGGUAGCGGGGGCAAGGCCAAGAAUGUGGUGAUGUUUCUGGGUGACGGCAUGUCUGUGCCGACCCUGACCGCUGCACGCACAUUGUUAGGCCAGAGAAGAAACCAACCGGGCGAGGAGGCGGAGCUUAGCUUUGAGGAGUUCCCCACCUCUGGUCUCGCUAAAACGUACUGCGUAAACGCCCAGAUCGCGGACUCAGCGUGCACGUCCACCGCGUAUUUGACGGGCGUGAAGGCCAACAGUGGGACCAUCGGCGUGUCGGCCGCCGUCCCACGAUGGGACUGCGAGGCGUCCGUGCCUGAUGACCGCAAGACUGAAUCAAUUGCGUCCUGGGCGUUGGCGGAUGGACGUGACGCUGGAAUUGUAACAACGACGCGCGUAACGCACGCAUCGCCGGCGGGCGCGUACGCACACGUCGCGAACCGGCAUUGGGAGAACGACGCUGAGGUGCUCGCCAACCCCGCCGACCCCAACAUGUGUCCGGACAUCGCGUAUCAGCUGGUGCACUCGCACCCUGGGAAGGACUUUAAGGUGAUCCUGGGCGGAGGCAGGCGCGAAUUCAUCACGAGGACCACGGUUGACGAGGAAGGCAACACUGGUCGAAGGACGGACGGCAGGAAUCUCAUCGAAGAAUGGAAGGCCGACAAAGCUGAAAGACAGGCUAGCUACCAAUACGUUUGGAACCGAGACCAACUUUUAGCCGCGAAUGCCAGUCUACCCGAUUACCUGCUGGGUUUAUUCGAAUCCAACCAUAUGCAGUACAAUAUGGAAGCCAACCCUGCAACGGAGCCUACACUUGCCGAGCUAACAGAAGUCGCUAUACGCAUGCUGAGUCGCAACGAAAACGGUUUCUUCCUCUUCGUGGAGGGUGGUCGGAUAGACCACGGUCACCAUGACAACUACGUGGAGUUAGCCCUGGAUGAAACUAUCGAAAUGAGCGAAGCGGUCGCAAGGGCAACGGAGCUGCUUUCGGAAGAGGACUCUUUAAUAGUGGUGACGGCUGAUCACGCUCACGUUAUGGCCUUCAACGGGUACUCCCCAAGAGGUACAGACAUAUUGGGCACGUCCAAUGAUCGUGACCUCCACAAUGUGCCAUACCAGACGCUGUCGUAUACCAACGGUCCUGGUUAUCGUCUGCAGAUCAAUGAACAGCGCACCGACAUCUCGCAGGAAGCCAAUUACCGUGGUAUUACAUGGCGUGCACACGUGGACGUGCCUUUGGAGUCGGAGACGCAUGGAGGAGACGACGUGGCGGUAUUCGCUUGGGGCCCCUACCAUGCGCUGUUCGGUGGGCUAUACGAGCAGAACCACAUCCCGCAUCGCAUGGCAUAUGCGGCGUGCAUAGGCCCGGGCUUGCAUGCGUGCAACUCUGCAGCAAUCGCGCGCCCACUCAUGCUAGUCUUAGCACCGUUGGCAUACGUUCUGUAUAGCAUGUUGUAGAAUUCUCAAUGUCACUCAGCUUAUGUUUUAGUUCGAGUCCGGUAGAUCCGUCUAUACACACGGGCAAUAUAUUUAAUUGUAAUCUCUAGAUUAAGUAGCUUGUGAUAAUUAUUUAUUGUAUAAAUUAUAAAC